AUGGAGGCAUCCGGAUCUGGAACCGGACCACCAUCAAUUGCAACUAUAUCCACUGAGCGAACGAGUCUAAUCGAACCCGAUGAUUCCAUAUCCGACGAAGGAUACGCCGAAUCGACCACGACUAGUUACAUGACCUCUAUAGCAUCAGACAUACGCCACGGAAUCGAAGAAGAUGGUCGACGUUACGCUGCCUAUGGACAACACAAACAAUGGAUACCCAUAGACGACCCGGAAUUGGACCGCAAUGAUUUCCAACACUGUAAAUUCACGCUCCUCAUGGGAAACAGGCUACACCUAGCGCCAAUAAAACCAGACCCGCACCGGAUACUCGAUAUUGGAACAGGCUCCGGAAUCUGGGCUAUAGACAUGGCCGAGAAGUACCCCUCGGCCUCGGUCAUCGGCGUUGACACCGCGGCCGUCCAACCCACCAUGGUACCCCCGAACCUGCAAUUCGAAAUCGAGGACGCAGAAUCCGAGUGGCUCUGGGGCAAAGACAGCUUCGAUUUCAUCUACGCGCGCGAACUAAUCCUGUCCAUCCGCGACUGGCCAAAGCUGAUGCGGCAAUCAUACGAGCACCUGAAACCCGGCGGCCAUCUAGAGAUUUCCGGCUCCUUGCCGUAUUUCCAAUCCGACGAUGGCUCGUUGCCAGCGGGCUCUGCUUAUGCGGAGAUCGCGCAGGUGUUCUUCGAUAUGGGGGAUCGGAUUGGGGUUUCUGGACACGAUCCCUUGAAGUGGAAAGAGCAGUUCCUGGAAGCCGGGUUUACCGAUGUCAAGCAGACGAUUCUGAAGAUCCCGACGAAUCCUUGGCCGAAAGAUCGCAGGAUGAAACAGAUUGGUGCGCUGGAGAUGUCGCAUUUCAGGGAUGGGAUUUCAAAUAUUUUCGCGAGGGGGUAUACGCAGAUCUUAGGUGGUGAUCCGAAUUAUUUCGAGGUGUUGAUGGCGAGGGCCAGGAAUGAGGUAACUGAUAGGAAAAGGCAUUCCUAUCUGUUAUUGUGGGUUGGGAAGAAAUGCUCAAAUUGA